AUGGUAAAUUUUUUAUAUGACAGUCUCAGUGCAAUAGAUGUAGAUAAAGUUGAUGAAUAUGUGAAGGGACUGCAACAAGAAGAUGGAUCCUUUGCUGGGGACAAAUGGGGUGAAAUAGACACAAGGUUCUCUUUCUGUGCAGUAGCAACACUUGCUUUACUGGGAAAACUGGAUGCUAUUAAUGUUGACAAAACUAUAGAGUUUGGCUUGUCCUGUAUGAACUUUGAUGGAGGGUUUGGCCGCAGACCAGGCUCUGAAUCUCAUGCAGGGCAGAUUUGCUGCUGUACGGGAUUUUUAUCUAUAACAGGCCAGCUGCACCAAAUAAAAGCAGACUUGCUGGGCUGGUGGCUAUUUGAAAGACAGCUACAAUCUGGAGGGCUGAAUGGGCGGCCAGAGAAGUUACCAGAUGUUUGUUAUUCAUGGUGGGUGCUUGCUUCAUUGAAAAUUAUUGGAAGAAUCCACUGGAUUGACAAAAACAAACUAAGCAGAUUUAUCUUGGCCUGCCAGGAUGAGGAGACUGGGGGGUUUGCUGACAGGCCUGGAGAUAUGUUUAUUCGGAUCUCCCUCGAAGUUGGGGUUGGCUCAUUGUCUGCUUAG